AUGAAGUUCUCGACCGUCUUCACCGCCGCCGCCGUCGCCGUCCUGUGCCUGCUGCAACCGUCGGCCGCCGAGGAGCAGGCCUCUGUGCACCUUCGUGUCCACACCGUCGAGCAGAGCCCCAACGGCGCUAUCUGCUACCUGGACUGCCCGACGGGCCAGCACUGCCCGCGUGGUGAGAACAAGUGCCGUGCCCCCACUGGCAACCAGUGCUUCAACCCGGCCACGAGCCUCUUCCGCGAGGGCUGCGACCCCGGCUUCAAGUGCGACAAGGGCAAGUGCGUGUACAAGAAGUAA